CGACAGUAUGGGUGAGAUGUGAGAGGCAGAAGGGGUGGGAUUCUAAAGGAAGUAUUGGAACGAAUCGUGGCUGUUUGGUAGAACUGGUUGGUGAAAUCUACCAAAACUACCCCCACAUAAUUUCUGCCAGACUUCUAGGACUCUUAAGCCUUCCUUGUGUAACUGAAGAUAAAGAGAGAAUGAGAGAGACAGAGUGAGUAGGAGAGAGAUAGUAGGAGAGGGAGAUAAUAAGAGAGAGAGAGGUGAUGGGGGUUGAAGGCGGAGACGAACCUGCUCUUCUUGGAGAUUAUUCCUGCUAUGGUUAGAACAAUCACCAAGGCAAGGCGGACAAAAAAAUCUAACGGUUCUCAAGAAAAAGGAUAAACGGACCGUUUUUCUGCAACAAAGAUCGAUUAACUUUGGCUAUAUUUAUUUUGAUUGGGCGCCUGGCAACCUGGAAGUGCAUUUGGAACAAAAACAAAUACGCGGAUCUGCUGUCGUGCAAGUGUUCGGCUGAGCAUUUGGAAUGUGGUAUAAACUUAACAAAAACCAUUAAGAUUUCUGGGGGAAAUCAGGACAACUGCAUUUUUCCACCAGGAACUGACUGCAAUAGACGACUCAUCUUUUACUACGAGCUGGAUCCUUCACCGAAGGCUUUGCGGAUAUGGCAGAUGCCGAUGAAGCAUUUGUGCUCUCCGCUACUCCGAAUGAGUCGGAGUCAAAGGGUUUACAGGACGACAAUAAACAGGAAAGUCAGCUGGGAACUUCAAGCAAGUCUCCGUCAUCCCAGACAACCUACACUCAACAGGGUAUGGAAGGUAUAAACGUCUACUUACAUGAACGAGAGCUAUGGACAAAAUUCCACGAAGUUGGAACUGAAAUGAUCAUUACCAAAGCAGGCAGGCGAAUGUUUCCAAGCUACAAAGUGAAAGUCACUGGACUAAAUCCCAAAACUAAAUAUAUUCUCUUGAUGGAUAUAGUACCUGCAGAUGAUCACCGUUACAAAUUUGCUGAUAACAAAUGGUCUGUGACGGGGAAGGCUGAGCCUGCUAUGCCUGGCAGGCUUUAUGUACACCCAGACUCACCCGCCACUGGAGCACAUUGGAUGAGGCAGCUAGUCUCCUUCCAAAAAUUAAAACUUACAAAUAACCACCUCGAUCCAUUUGGACAUGUUUUAAAGAUAGCGGUGGUUUAUGAAUAUACAUACAUCAAGUAUAUAAUUUUAAACUCCAUGCACAAAUACCAACCCAGACUUCAUAUCGUGAAGGCCGACGAAAAUAAUGGAUUUGGGUCCAAAAAUACGGCGUUUUGUACUCACGUAUUUGCAGAGACUUCGUUUAUUGCUGUUACGUCUUAUCAAAAUCAUAAGAUCACACAGCUGAAGAUUGAAAACAACCCCUUUGCUAAAGGCUUCCGGGGGAGCGACGACAUGGAGCUUCACCGGAUGUCCAGGAUGCAGAGUAAGGAGUACCCAGUGGUCCCUCGCAGCACAGUGCGUCAACGGAGCACAUCUAGCCAGAGCCCUUAUAGUGGGGAGGUGCGUGGCCUCCCUACACCGACUGGCCUGAGCUCCCCAUACCCCUGUGAGAAUGGUGUAGGCAGCAGUCCACCAAACCUGCUCUCCCAGACAGGCUCCUACCCCCUGCCCCACGAUCACAGUCAGGUAUACCACUGCACCAAGAGGAAAGUGGAGGAUGAGUGCCACACAGGAGAUCACCCAUACAAGAAGUCCUACCUUGAGAGCCCCCCAAGUGAGGAUGAGGCCUACUACCGUUCUGCUAACUACUCCCAGUCUGCAGGUCUGGCAGGGAAUUAUAGAACUGAGUCUGCACAACGGCAGGCCUGCAUGUAUGCUAGUACCACACAGGGGCCCGAAGCCACAACAGCUUUGGAGGACAUCAGCUGCAGUCCCUGGGCUCCUGUGCCAUCCUACAGCAGCUGUCCUGUGGCACCUAUGCAGCCUAUAGAGCGGUUGCCUUACCAGCACUUCUCAGCCCACUUCACUUCCAGUCCACUGGUGCCAAGACUUAGUGGGGUGGCAAGCCACGCCUCCCCUUCCCUGAGCGAUGUGCAUGGUGUGUACCAUAGCUCCGUUCCCCAUCAGACCCUAGGCCGGUCCUGCGGCCCCAGUGGGAGUCUCCAGUCCUCCUCUGCAGGCCUUCAGGGCAAUGAGUAUCUGUACACCCAUGGUAUGCCCCGUACACUAUCCCCACAGUACCACACGGUACACCCCGUGGGCCUCAUGCCUGAGUGGAGUGACGGCAGCUAGUCGGACGAUUUUUGUACAUAACCAAAGACUACAGCCUACGCUUCAGAAGGCAGAGGGUGGAGUUACACAUUUAUUAAUAUUAAUAUUAAACUGUUUUCCAGGCACAUCUGAAGACAGUGUUGGUGUAUUUGGCCAUUUGUAGAGGUCAUAUGAAAGCCAGUCCUUAAACUAACAAUAGCAUCAUAAUCUCUUUUCAUGUAAGAAAGGUAACUCUCAGAGUCCGUUAAUGGAAGGUACAGAUUCAAUGAUAUCUUGGGAGAACCACAACCAUCACAUUAUGCAUCUUGUCCUUUUAUUUAUUACUUUUCUCCUUGGUGUUUUGGGUUUUUUUUCUAGUGAAAGCAUUCAUGAUUUUUGUUGUGGAAAAGAAAGGAUACUGAGGAUCCCUGUUUUGAUGGAAUGGCUUCUGGAAACUGAUACUACUGCUGUCAUCUCUGUGAAAGAGACCAGAGCCGUUUGUUUCUUUUCCGUAAAAAUCCUGUCAGUGAAACUCAAAUCUUGGAUUUUGAAAUUCGUGCUUUGUCUAUUGAUAAACUCAUUUCAGUGAGCACAAAUAGGAAAAAAGUAUAACCUUCAGUGUUUUUAACCAAACAUAUUUUUACACUAUGAAAAAAGUCCAGAAAAAUGCUGUUUCAGAAAUGAUUCAAUAGUGUUAAUGUGUACACACAAUCCUCUUGAAGGUAAAAUGUUAUUGGUUGAUAUUUAGUUUUUUUUAAAUGUUUGUAAUUAACCUACUAUUAAACAUUUAAGUAAAAGAAAGAUAAUAAAAAAUAUUUAAGUCAUUCCAAUUAUUAGGUUGUCUGCGUCCCUGUAUAUUGUCUUGGAGGUAUCUUAAGGAGUCAAAGAGUGUACUUAAUCAGGCCAGGGGGAGUAAAACCUUUCUGUGUUUCUCUCAGAAUAUUACCAUUGUGUGCCAAAUUGCAGAUUACUUAGCAUAACAUCGAGCCAUUAUCUGUGUCAUGUGCGUAGUGGCUAUGCUGUCUUGGUUUUGUGUUCUCAUUCAAAUGUGUGCAUGUUACCUGAACAAUCACAGGUGAUUGAAGCAGGCCUGUAACCAGAAAUGAAUUGCAAGAGGUGUCCAAACAUAGUAUAUAAUGAAACACAAGAAAAAAUUCAUUUCAGUUGCAAUUUUGUUUGCGGUUAAUUUUUUUUACAACCUUUUGUAAACUCAUGUCACUAUAUUUAAAAAACACCUUCGCAUUACAUUGUCAGUCAAAGUGUAAGUACAGUAGUAGCCAUUGUAAUCAUGCUCUAAUCAUGUUCAGAGACAUCCGUGAGCAGUAAAUAAAUACUAUUAUCAAUUACAUGUUACUUUAUAUUAUUGUUACAGUGCAUAAUAUAACAGAUAUAUAUUACUUUUACAUGCAUUCUUUAUCUUGUGACUCAAAGCACAAACACUUCUAUCAGCUGCACGACUGUGAAUGAUCAAUACUAAUCAGCAGGACCUCAUGAGAUUGUAUACACAACCCAUGGGUAAAAAUAAUUGCAGACUGUUGUCUUAAUGCAGAAGUGUUUAACUGACUACCAAAAUGGUUUAACCCGCAGAAAAAAAUGCAUGUCACUUCUCUACUUUAAUGUAAACAAGCAAUAUUUCAUAAAUUCAGAAAUAAGAUACUCUCUCGAAACUCUUCAUAUGGCAUUCCGUGUCGGUCCUUUAAAUAUUUAUAUAAUUUGCGGUGUUUGCCCCUUUUGUCAGUAUGGUAUGGUGGCACAACUUGCAUAUGUCCUGUAUCUUUCAUUUAGCACAAAGCCAAAGUAUUUCCAGAUGCUAUUCUGCCCACAUUCUUUAUCGAUUAAGCACAAUACAGAAAGUUCUGAUGCUUCUCAACUAGAGAUCUUAGUUUAACACCCCGUGUGUGAAACUGCACUCAGGUCUAGGCACGCACAUUGGUAGCUUACAAGACUCAGUGGUCAGAAUGAACCAGAAGUGCAGGCUGUAGAAUUGAUACCAUGAAGAAUGAGUAUUGAAACCAUUUUAUAGGUACAUGAUAGAAAUUGGUACUUUCAGUACUUUUGAUACUUUUGACAACACUAGUUUGAAAUUCUGUUUCUAAAAGCAUAUAGGAACAUCUAUGGCUCAGGGUUAAAACUUACAGUAGGUGAUGAAUCAAUGGGACAGCCUUCUGGUAGAUGGGUCCCCAUAGAUUUCCAUCACACGGCAUGAACCCAGACACUGCGCUAAAAAUGCAUGCUGGUAUGAUGCUGUGCUUCAGACAAAUGUCUGCACAGGUCUUAGUUCAAUUUAAAGCCCUGUCUACCGAACAAGAGUGGAAAAAAUAAGCAAAAGCUGUUAUUUAAUGGUAGAUUUACAGUGCUCCAACUCAGGAAAUCACUCGGCACACAGUUGACCGUAUUUCCUGAAACAUAUAUCAGAAAGUUUAUUUCCAUACUUAUUUGUAAAUAUUUUGUUAAAUUAUAUUGUUUCUGUAAAAUUAUGAUUUUUUUUCAAGUAUGUUUAACUAAAGAGGGAAAAUAAAAAUGACAAGGGAAUGUAAUGGGAAUGGCUUGCCCUAACAGAAUAACAAGACAGAUUUUUGGGGAUUGUGUUAUGUAUUACGACACAUAAUGAACAGGCUUUUGUAUUCAUCUUAAUUUGAUGCAGAUUGUAAUGGAUAAUGGGAAGUCAAGGAUCUAUACACAUCCCUUUCAUACAAUCUAUGAAAUUAUGACUAAUAUUGACUAUUAUUUUCAGAAAGUAAAUUUGUAGUUUAUCACUCUUGCCUUGUUAAUAGUACUAGUAGUGCCCUAAUUGUAAAUCACAGACUUAUUUGAAAAGUAUAACAUGAAAUGCAUACUUAAGUAUGUAUCAAGCAAUAGAUGCCCAAUAUGAACAAACAGUAUUUUGUAAAAUCUUUGUAGGAACUAGUGUUUUUUCCUUGUUCAUAGUAUUUAUUGUUAUAGUAUAAAUCUAAAUCAAUUUGUUUCAGCUCAUCUAAUGAUAUAUUGUUAGUCAACUUAUUGUCUCUUUUGUUAACUGUGUUUUGUUUUAUUUUUGCUUGAUUUUAAUUAAAGUAACAUAUUAAGCAAUGUUGAUGAA